AAAACAAGUCAUUAAUAUUAUUAUCAUUGCAAUAGAAAAAACAAAGAACAAGAUGAUCCCAACCUACAUAUUGAAUGCAUAGGCAAAACUUAAUUAUAGAGCAGAAUGUGGGGCAAUUACUCUAGACUAAUAUUUCUUCCAUUCUUUUGCUUUCUUUUGAGUGUAAAUUACUACACUAACCUUGCCUUAGCUAAUAUUCAAUGCAUGAAAACAAGGUGUAAUCACAAUGAUGCUCCUACAAUUCAAUACCCUUUUAAACUUCAAAACAUUCAACCACAAAAUUGUGGCAAGAUUGGGUUUGAUCUUUCAUGCAAUGAGAAUCACCAAACCAUAUUAGAAUUGCCAAUUUCAAUAAAUUUUGUUGUCAAAAAAAUUGAUUACAAGUCCCAAGAAAUUCAUGUGACUGACCCAAAUGAAUGCAUUCCAAGACUCAUUUCACAUUUAAAUAUAUCUUCCACUCCUUUUCAUUUCAUUGACAAUUCCAACUCCAAUUUCACUUUUUUCAAUUGUUCAUCCAUGAACACUGCUUUACAAUCUCAUUAUUCAUCCAUUAAAUGUCUUUCUUCUCAUGGAUACCAUGUUUAUGCCUUGAACUCUACACUUCAAAUUAAGGAUGUUACUUUGUCAUAUUGUACAAAGUUGUAUGACAUGUCUUUUGUUCCGGAAAGUGUUAUUUUUAGCAAUGAAGAUCAACUUGUUUUAGGCUGGGAUACAAGUUGUGGCAAUGAAAAUGAAACAGAAAAUGAAUGUUCUAACAUUGUUUCCAAAUCAAAAGGUGCAAGGAAAAAGGAAGCCAUCCUAGUACCAAUAGUAUCAUGUUUUGGAAUUUUAUUAUUAGUGACCGUAUUAUAUCAUAUCCGAUACACAACUCAAAAAGACAAAGAAAAUGAAGCAAGAAUAGAAAAAUUCUUAGAGGAUUACAAAGCAUUGAAACCAACAAGGUAUUCCUAUUCAGACAUAAAGAGAAUCACAAACAAUUUCAAGAACGAACUUGGACAAGGAGCAUAUGGAACAGUGUACAAAGGUAAAUUAUCUAGUGACAUAUAUGUUGCUGUCAAGCUUCUCAAAACAUCCACAGGAAAUGGACCAGAAUUCAUCAAUGAAGUUGGAACAAUGAGUCAAAUUCAUCAUGUUAAUGUUGUUCACUUAGUUGGAUUUUGUGCAGACGGGCACACACGUGCUUUGGUGUACGAGUAUUUACCAAAUGGUUCGUUGCAGAAAUUCAUUUCCACCACAGAUUUCAAAAACCAUUUUUUGAGUUGGGAUAAGUUACGAGAAAUCGCGCUUGGUAUAGCGAAAGGGAUUGAGUAUCUUCAUCAAGGAUGUGACCAGAGGAUACUUCACUUUGAUAUAAAACCGCAUAAUAUUUUGCUUGACAAUAACUUCACUCCUAAGAUAUCUGAUUUUGGUCUGGCUAAGCUUUGUUCGAAGGAUCAAAGUGCGGUUUCCAUGACGGCCGCGAGGGGGACUAUUGGUUACAUAGCGCCCGAAGUUUUUUCUAGGAACUUUGGGAAUGUUUCGUAUAAGUCAGAUGUUUAUAGUUUUGGAAUGUUGUUGCUUGAGAUGGUCGGGGGAAGACAAAAUGUUGAUGUUGUGGAGAAGAGAAGUGGUUUAGGGUAUUUUCCGGAAUGGAUUUAUAAUUUGUUGGAGCAAGGGGAUGAUUUGAGAGAACACAUUGAAGUCGAGAAAUACGCGAAAAUAGCGAAAAAGCUUGCGAUUGCGGGACUUUGGUGUAUUCAAUGGCACCCGAUAGAUCGUCCUUCUAUGCAAGUUGUUGUUCAUAUGUUGGAAGGAGAUGGAGAUAAGUUAAGUAUGCCACCUAAUCCAUUUGCUUCAGCUGAUCCUGCUAUAAUGAAUGUUAGUGUGAUUGGAAGACAACUUCAUAGAGAUUAAUGAUUCAUGUUAAUAUGAAAUAUAUCAUACAUGUAUGUAUUAAAGAUAAUGAAUCUUAAAUGCAUCUAUAUUUGGUAGGUACUUGUUUGAUCUUGUCACAAUAUGUUUCAAUGUGUUCUUGUUUAAGUUUUAUGAAAUUAGACUAUUUGAUCUUGAUGUGUAGAUCGAGCUUCAAUAAUAAUUUUUGUUUGAAGAAGCAAAA